AUGCUUUUUGCUCAGAAAUACAAGAAGAAAAAUGAUGGAGGUAUACUUUUCAACUUACACUAUGACCCUCCUGGUUUUCUACACUAUUUCGCUUUCUUUCUACAAAAUUGUCUGGAGCGAAAUAGUUUCAAGGUUUUCAUCUCAUUUUUUCAGGUUCAUUGCGAGCACUUUUAACUUUUUACGCCCUUUCGAUGUUCGUCGUCGCGUCGGCCCAGGACGUCCGCCCUCCGCAGUGGGGCUUACAAGGUGAUUUGAAAACAUCUGUUUGAGGAAAAAUAAAAUCACUAGUGAGAAAGAUUCUUUCAGGAAAAAAAUAGGUUUUUUCAGUGAUUUUAAGGAUUUUAGAGUGGUUCCGCUAGGGGUGUGGGCAAAAAACAGCAUCUAUAGGGUUAGAAAAAGUGGUCCCUAUAGGGGUUUAGGGUCUGAAUCCUCAGCAUGUCCCCUAUAGGGGCCAAUAACUAAGACCCUUGUACGGACCACUCUUGCAAGCUUCAGUGGCCCCUAUAGGGGUUGGUGAAGCGGUCCCCAAGCUCGCCCCUAUAGGGACCACUCUGGAACUCCCUAGGUUGUCAAGUUUUCAUUGGACAAGCUAGAGUCUUAAGUUUAAUUCAACAUUAAUAAUACUGUGGCUAACUAAAAAAAAAAGUCAAUUUUUGUUAGAUUUUACUGAUAAACACCUCUAAAUUGAAUAAAAGUUUGAAGAAAGCGCUUAAAGAAGUGAGUCUAGAAAAAAAUGAGCGAAAGAGUGAGAGGAAAUAAGAAGUUUCUACAGUAGUUUUCACGUUGACUUGGCGUAAAUUAUUUAUUUAUCAUUUUUGGAGGGCUUUGACUCGGUGAGCGAGAUAGUGGGCAAAAAGAGAGAGUUUCGAGUAUCAGACAGUAAAUUGAGCCAAAAAAGAUCUCCUCAUAAUGAUUUUGCUCACCUUGGUCGCACGUGGAAUGACUUAAAAAGCUUUAUUCAAAACGCGUCCGACUUCAAAACGACUUGCGCGUGAGAGCAUCGAAAAAUUUUUGAGCUAGAUCUCUCAAUAGUAGCAACGCCUUAAGCCAUUCCACGUGCGGCCAAAGCGUCUUAAAGUUUUCAGAAAAUGGAAAAAAUUAGAAUAGAAAAUAGAAAGAAUUUUUGCAGAUCAAAACAUCCAGUUUCCCCUGGACCUGGAACGAAAGGUCGACUCGGCCAAAAACCACUCGGACUUUGACACGUCCCAACUUUUGGACUCAGCUCCCAGAGAUCCGAUCCCAUUUCCCCUCCACAAACUCAUCCCAUACCUUAUCACGACUGGAACGAUUUACAUUCAAAAAAACGUGUUGGAAGCCAUUAAAGCCCAAAAAAAGACGCCCUUCCUUCUCCCGCCUCAAAAUUUUAACUCCACCGAAUUCCCCACCUUCGACUGUCUCACUGACGCUCUCAACCGAAGAAUUCAUCCUUGUAAGCUUCCCAAACAUUGUCUAUUUUCCAAAAUUGCCGCUUUUUCAGUCAUUUCCAAAGUCUCCUCCGUCCUUGUCCUCGCCAUUUUCUUCUUCUGA